GAGAUAGAGAGUGAGAGGGGGAAAAUAAUAAUAUUUUUGCAUUAUAUUAUGAUUAGUUUACUUCUCUAAUUGUCAUCCAUGAGUGGGGAAGGACAGUUCUGAUAUGAAAUGUCAUGUGGGUCUUCGACAAAGGUGAGUUCUUUUUUGGUGUUUCAUGGAAUAACCUUUUAUGAUUGAUGGCGGGUACCCCACAAGCAAGCCGCACCCAUGGUAUCGUCUAUAAAUCUUCCUCUACAGCAGAGCCAAUGGGGAAGGAAAUGGCAGCUUUGGACUUUGUUAAUGAUAUAAAUUUAUAGUUUCACAGAGUACCCAUUGGAUGUCGUAUCUUUGGAAUGUCAGGCAAGAUCAUAGGCCCAGUAGACCUGUAAACCCUAGAGAGAGAGAGAUAGAGAGAGACAGGUUGAGGUUGGGGUUGGGGUUGGGGUUGUGGGGGGCACAGACUCUGCAUCUGUGUGUUCUUUAUUUGCAGAGCCUAAAAGGGCCUCUGUGUUGUAUAGGCUUUGGUUUGCAAGGGGUGUGCUUUGAUGGGGUCUUCCCGUUCAAUCCUUUGUACUCUGAAGCAAUUCAUGGCCGUGACAGCUUUGCUGUACCCUAUGCCUUUCUUGGGCUUUGAAUCCUUCUAUAGCUUUGUUACAUUACAAGGAGUUGUUAGUGAGGUUGUUGAUCUUCUGUUCCUUCAUAAAUCCAUGACAAGUGAGGAAUUAGGAGUGAGGUGUAGAGUUGGCUAUGAUUGAAGGGGGAGUGAGGGUGCAGGAAGGUCAUGGGGGUGGUGGGAAGGAGUUGGGAAAGGCGUCAUCUUCUGCUGCUGUGAACCAGAGCCCUUUGGCUGUGAAAGGAGUACCAUACUACCAUCCAUACCCACCACCUCUCGCCAAAUAUGAAGAUGUUGUUGCCAGCCCACAACAUUUCAUGUCUACAUUGGAGAAGCUCCAUUCCUCUAUGGGAACCAAGUUCAUGAUUCCUAUAAUAGGGGGGAAGGAACUAGACUUGCAUCGGCUUUUUGUGGAGGUAACUUCUCGUGGUGGCAUUGAGAAGAUUAUUAGAGAGAGAAGAUGGAAAGAAGUGACUGCUGUUUUCAGCUUCCCCUCUACUGCAACAAAUGCAUCGUUUGUGCUGCGCAAAUACUAUGGUUCUUUGCUUCACCACUAUGAGCAAAUUUACUAUUUUAAGGCCCGGGUUUGGACUCCCUUUACUGCUGAUGCUUUGCAGAAUCCAUGUGUAACACCAACUUCAGCCCAUGUGCCCAUUGAACAUGCAGUGCCAUCACCAGAACAGCGUAGGAUAAAAACUAGAGAGUUUUUGCCUGCAGCGAGUCUACCUUCUGCAGGUUCACCAGUGAUAGGUGUUAUUGAUGGCAAAUUUGAGAGUGGGUAUCUUGUUACCGUUACAAUUGGCUCAGAAAAGUUAAAAGGCGUCCUUUAUCAGGCUCCUUCACAGAAUGCAGCAUGCCAAGUGCCACAAUAUUUUAGUGUUCUUGUCAAUAAUAAUGACAGUAUCUCAACAAGGGGUGUGACCCGUCGUCGGCGUAGAAGGAAAUCUGAGAUAAAGAGGAGGGAUCCUGCUCAUCCAAAGCCUAAUAGAAGUGGGUACAACUUUUUCUUUGCUGAGCAGCAUGCCAGACUGAAGCCACUUCAUCCUGGGAAGGACAGGGAGAUUAGUAGGAUGAUUGGUGAAUUGUGGACCAAACUAAAAGAAAAUGAAAAGGCGGUUUAUCAGGAGAUAGCCAUUCAAGACAAAGAAAGAUACAGAAUAGAAAUGGAAGGUUACAGGGAGAGAUUGAGGGGUCAAGUUAUCAGUGAUGCGGUGCCAAUUCAGCAGCGGCUUCCUGAGCUGGAUGUGGAAAUGGCGGAAGCAGAUGCCAAGAUUGAAACUGGAGAAGGAGAAUCUCCUCACACUCCAGAAAAUGAGAGUAGCUAUGGGAAGACUGAUACUGAGGAGGAUAAGACCAUGGAUAAGGAUUCAGAGAUGGAGAUGUCUCCUGAUUUGGGAGUUGGUGUCGACUCUAGCGCUGCUGGAAUGGAGACUUCGGCUGAGGAAGAGUCUUUCGAGUUGAGGAAGAGGGUUCAUAAGGUUGGCGAUGAGGGCGAAGAAAGCCUGGGCAGUCUGUUGGUAGAGACCCAGAAAGAUCCAUCUGUGCGUAGUGAAGAUCAAUAAAAUUAUAUAUUGCAAGAGGUGGGUGCAUGGUUGGUACUCUUUCCUGUUCUUUGUAGCUAGUCUAACCACGAGCAUUGGAAUAUGGUAGUUCAUACUUUUUCCAGCAAUAUGCUGCUGCUUCUCUGUGGAACCGCAAUGCUGUUACAAGUAGUCUCCUUUCUAUUCUGGAAAUGGUUCCUAUGUUGAGUCUGCUUCUGGCAUUUUUGUAGUAAAGUGCAGAUUUGAUGCAUUAAAGCACUACGACUAGGUUUUUUCAAUCAUUUGCAGUUGGUUGACCCAUCACAGACAGCUAAUUUUUGUUAUGCCCAACUCCAACUAGCCCAUUAACAGAUCGAAUUUAUGUGCAAACUCAAGGAACCUAACUUCACUCUUUA